AUGACAGGAUUUGAAAUACAUUUUGUUCUUGAUGAUUCAACAUCGAUAACACCAAAACUUGAUGCUAUUGAUGUUGUCGUAAACGAAAAUAAAUGUAUAGAAGAUCUUGAUCAAGUGCUUAAACAUAUAAGUAUUGGUGGUACAGUUAUGUCAGCUAAUGAUUUUGUGAACAUAGACGAUGGUGUUCCACCUUAUAACGAAUUGGAUGAUGCAAGUGACAAGAUGUUAACUGUUAAUGUGGUUACUCUUGAAGAUGCAGCUAAUGAUGAAGAUACAACUGAAUAA